AUGAGCUGCAAUUAUACAUACCCUACUGGAGAUGAGAUCAAGAAAGUGUUCUGGACCAAAACACUUGUUAAAAAUGGAAGUAAAGAAUCAAGUGAAGAAGGAGAGCAACAUACAGAUCUGUCUGAGGACCCUGAAUACAGUCAGAGGCUUCAGUAUCUGGGAGAUAAACAGCAGAAACUGCACCAUCAGAUUGAGUCAUACCCCCCUAGGAAUGUCUCAGUGUCCAUCAGUUCAUCUGGUGUAAUAGUGGAGGGAGAUUCAGUGACUCUGAUCUGCAGCAGUGAUUCAAACCCACCUGCAGAAAUGAGCUGGUUUAAAGGAGGAACAUUUGUAGGAUCUGGAAGAAUCUACAGCAUCUCAAACAUCAGCUCUGAUCACAGUGGCGAAUACAAGUGCAAGUCCAGAAACAAACAUGGAGAGAAAGACUCUGAUACAGUGACUUUAAAUGUUAUGUAUUCUCCAAAGAAUGUAUCAGUGUCCGUAAAUGGAUCUGGUGAAAUAGUGGAGGGAGAUUCAGUGACUCUGAUCUGCAGCAGUGAUUCAAACCCUCCUGCUCUGAACUUCAGCUGGUUUAAAGGAGAAAUGUUUGUAGGAUCUGGAAGAAUCUACAGCAUCUCAAACAUCAGUUCUGAUGAUAGUAAAAAAUACAAGUGCAAGUCCAUCAAUGAACAUGGAGAGAAAUACUCUGAUGCUGUGAAUUUAAAUGUCAUGUAUGCACCCAGGAAUGUCUCAGUGUUAAUAAGUGGAUCAGGUGGAAUAGCGGAGGGAGAUUCGGUGACUCUGAUCUGCAGCAGUGAUUCAAACCCACCUGCAGAAAUCAUCUGGUUUAAGGAGAAUCAAAGCUCCUCUGUUGGAUCUGGACAGAGUUUCAGUGCACUACAGAGUGGACGCUUCUACUGUGAAGCUCACAAUCAACACGGAUCUCAGAGAUCAGAUGCUGUUACUGUCACUGUUAAAGGGGGAGAUAAAACAGUCCUGUACGCAGCUGUUGUGAUCCCAGCCGGUUGUGGAGUUUUAUUUCUCAUCUGCAUCAUCAUGUUCAUGUUCAUAAGGAAGAGAAAAAGUGGAUAUGACAUCAGGCAGAAGCAGGUUCAACAUCCUCCCAGCUCUGAGACAAACUACUCUGAUGAUGGUCUGUAUGCCAGAAUUUCAGCCAAGAGACCCAGUGCAGAUCAGACUAUAGGAAAAACUAUAAAGACAGUGUACACAAUGAUCCAACAUGUCAAAAACAAUGAGAGCAACGGGAAUCUGACCGUGCACCAUCCUGAUCCUGCUGUGGGAUCCGAUGCGAUGGUGGAUGAAUCUGUGGUUUACAGCAAAGUCAAAUGA